GAACCUGUUGAACUUUUUUUUGUUAAGUCGAUCAAACAAACCACAGAAGCGAACAUGGCGAUGCACGUUCCGCGAGCUCCGGGCUUUGCCUCAAUGUUAAAAGAGGGUGCUAAGCACUUCUCCGGUUUAGAUGAGGCUGUAUACAGGAACAUUGAGGCCUGCAAAGAGUUGGCCAAGACCACCAGGUCUGCAUUUGGACCUCAUGGCCAGAACAAGAUGGUGAUCAAUCACAUUGAGAAGCUGUUCGUAACCAACGACGCGGCAACCAUCUUGAGUGAGCUGGAGGUACAGCACCCGGCGGCAAAGAUGCUCGUACUGGCUACACACCAGCAGGAGUUGGAGGUUGGGGAUGGUACUAACUUCGUACUCGUGUUUGCCGGGGCACUGCUUGAACACGCAGAGAUGCUACUUAGAAUGGGUUUGUCGGUGACAGAAGUUACAGAAGGGUAUGAGCUGGCCAUGAAGAAAGCAUUGGAAAUACUGCCUGAUCUCGUAUGUGAGAACCAGAAAGACCUUCGAGAACGCACUGCUGUUGCUCGCGCCCUGAAAACAUCUGUCAUGAGCAAACAGUAUGGAAACGAGGACUUCCUGGCUAAACUGAUCGCAGACGCCUGUGUUUCAAUUAUGUCACAAAAGUCCAGCUUUAAUGUAGACAACAUCCGAGUCAGUAAAAUCCUGGGUGCUGGUGUCCUGCAGUCUUCACUCGUCCAAGGCAUGGUGUUCCGUAGAGCCGUGGAGGGGGAGGUAACCAAGAUGAGCAAGUGUAAGAUCGCCGUCUACUCCUGUCCACUAGAUAUCAUGCAGACAGAGACCAAGGGUACAGUGUUGAUCAAGAAUGCAGAGGAGCUGAUGAAUUUUAGUCAGGGGGAGGAGAAUCUGGUGGAAGAGCAAAUCAAGUCCAUAUCCGACACUGGUUGCACUGUGAUUGUGUCUGGUGGAAAGGUGGGAGAGAUGGCUGUCCAUUUCUGCAACAAGUACGGAAUACUGAUCCUGCGCCUCAUGUCCAAGUGGGACCUGCGCAGGCUGUGUAAGGCUGUCGGUGCCACGCCACUCCCCAGAGUGACACCCCCUACCCCUGAGGAAGCUGGCUACUGUGAUAAUGUCUACAUUGAUGAAGUAGGAGACACUCCAGUCAUAGUAUUCAAACAAGACAAGGAGGAGAGUUCAAUCACCACCAUCAUGAUCCGAGGCUCCACAGACAACAUCAUGGACGACAUGGAGCGAGCGAUCAACGACGGCGUUAACACCUUCAAGGCUCUCACCCGUGAUGUCCGCAUGGUGCCGGGCGCAGGGGCGACCGAGAUAGAACUGGCCAAGCAGAUCACGACGAUCGGAGAGAGCACGCCUGGGCUGGAGCAGUAUGCCAUCAAGAAGUUUGCAGAGGCAUUGGAAGUGGUACCGAGGACAAUCGCCGAGAACGCUGGAGUCAAGGCUACGGAGGUUCUCUCCCUUCUGUAUGCGGCCCACCAGGAGGGCAAGAAGACCGUGGGGGUGGACAUUGAGGCUGCGGGCGCGGGGGUGAGAGACGCCCAGGAGGCUGGAAUACUCGACCUGUACCUCGCCAAGUUCUGGGGCAUCAAGUUUGCCACCACCGCUGCAUGCACCGUACUCAAAGUGGACCAGAUAAUUAUGGCCAAGAUGGCAGGAGGUCCAAAGGGGAAGGCGCCAGGACCUCAGGACGACGAUGACGACUAGGGUUGCCAUGACAAUAAACUGAAGCGUGGUUUUCUGUUAAAUAGCACAGCAGGCGACGGGUUUCAUCUUCGAUCACAGAGUUAACAGCUGAUCUGUCGGCGGGCAUGAGUUUGUCUAAGUGGGUCACAACUCUGCCAUUGGGACAGGAAUAUUUGAUUUAUUCAAGGCUUAAUGCUUUGUGGCUAAAUUAUUAUGAGAGCUCUGAGAUUCAAUCAUUAAUUUCAUGUAGAAUGAUGUACAUUCAUUUCUGGCCUUCAUCGCAGUAUAUGGUAAUGCUAAUGGUAAAUCAGUUUACAACUGUAUUGUUAAACGAUGAAAGCUUUUCGAUUAUAUGGAAAAUUGUAAUCAAUAUAAAGAAGUGAAACUCCAGCUGCUGGAGCAGUAUUGAAUUCUCAUUAAAAACAAUUAGUUGGUCCUUUAUUUAAGGCAAGUGACCGAUUGCCCAAACAGUACAAAACAGCACAAUACAGCACAAUACAAACCAACAUAAACACAAAAUAUGAAUAAAGCUUGGGUCACCGCCUUGGAACGGUCAAUGCAAAGCAUUGGGGGUUUAAACCGGUUAUAGAGCGCUCAACCUCACACUUGGCCAAGCAAUAUUCAUAAUACAUUUAAGUGUAAAUAAAAUUUAACGUCAUAGCAUUGUAACUCAAGAAUUAAUACUGUAAAAUGAAAUUAGUGAAAAGCAUGUAAUUCAUUUUACCACAGCUAUUGUUUUAAAGACUAUAUAUUUUCAAUUUUUGUUAAAUGCCAACCUUAAUACUAGACCUGUCAAAGUAUUGUAUUGAUGCAAAUAGUUAUUCAAAGUGUUGGCAUUGGGCAUUCAUUGACUUACCAAUGAAUUCCUGAAUGUGUUCAGAAUAGGUGUUGGUGUAUUCAUACUCAACAUCUCUAAUGUAAUGUUCAUUAUCUGACAAUUGCAAUGUUAGGAGCAGAUUUUGUAUCUCAUUCUCAUUGAGUUCCAAUGCCCAAACAAUCCCCUCUGCAAUAAGGUACAGUACAUUUUAUGUUUACCUUUUAUCACCAUAAGUAAUAAUUUGAUGCUUCUGUGAUAACUGAACCAGAUAUUAAGAUGAUAAAUCUGGAUUGAACAAAUCAUGUUGAGUGUGAAAGUGUUGAAGACAGUAUUCAAUUAAUUUCAUUUUAAAUAAUAAUUAGUGCUUAUGACAAUGCCUAUUUUAUCCUGAGCCGAAUGUUCUAUGUAGCAUCAAAUGAAAGCAUUUCCGUUCUUAUUUAUUCCGUUCAUCAUAUACAUUGGUAUACCUUUAAAUGUGGUUACUUACGUGUAUAAUUAUGUUGUUAUGAUCGACUGUUCUGAAGAGUGUUGCUGCUAUUAUGGUUUGUGUGCUUUAUAAAAUUGUUUUCAUCUCUGCGUUUCUUCUUUAUUUAUAACUUUAUAAAAAAUAAAUAAUGUGCUAACACUGUCUGAAUAAAACCAUGAAAUCAACAA